UAAGAAGGGGCCAGGUGUUGGGGCUGCCUUGUUCAUGGUUGUUGUUCCACCAUGCUCUGAGGGGAGGCACCUUGCUGAGGUCUCUGUAGAGGCUUAAGGUGGCAGGCAAGGCAAAGUAAGAACCCGGCUAUGUUCACGACCAUGGAAAACCUGGCCCCGCUGAGCACCAUCGGCGAGCUUGCGCUCCAGCAGAGCAAGGCCAAGCUCCUCCACGGCCGUGUGAGCGGUCCCUCCCGGCGCAAGCGGGAGUUCAUGCCGGAUGACAAGAAGGACACCAUGUACUGGGAGAAGAGGCGCAAGAACAACGAGGCUGCCAAGCGCUCCCGGCAGAAGAGGCGCCUCAAUGACUUUGCCAUGGAGAGCCAGCUCGUUGCUCUCAGCGAGGAGAACUCCAUCCUCAGGACAGAGCUGCUGUCCCUGAAGCUGCGUUUUGGGCUCAUCAGCCCAGACACCAGCACCUACCAGAGUCACUCCCUCCAGGAUUUCCUGGGAGUUUAUUUCAGAGGGCACAGAGCAGCCUCCCCGCACCUCGAGGCAGAGCCCUUUGCUGGCGAGCCCUGCUUCUUCACAACGAAGAGCUUUGUGCCAAAGGUGCUGGAGCCAGCAGACCUUUCCUGCAAAACCUUUGGCCCAUCCGGUAACAUCCUUGGCUGUGACUCCAAGCCAGCUCCCAUGGACACACCUGGCCUUCAGGAGCCUAUGAGGCUUGAUGCAUCCUUCACAUCCACAGUCUGCUCUCCAUUCCCCAGUUACCGCUGCCCAGACAAAUAUGCCUUCCAGUUGCCUUUUUCAGGCAGCGCCUGCUUCUUGUGCCCGUCCCCCAGUCUAGCCGAGGUGAGCAAAGGAAGCAGCACCGCUGUCUCAGAUGAAGAUGAUGAGCAACAAGUGCCCAAAACCUUUCCUCUACAGCCAUGCCCUUCAGAAGAUCACCUGAAGGGCCGAAGCUACACUGCCCUACCUCACAAGCUCCGUAUUAAGAGCAAAGCCCUCAGCAGCUUGGAGGAGAGUGGCCUGGACUCCCACUGAGGUAGCAGAGGAAUGGCCCACUGUGGGGCCAAGACCUUCCAAAGACAUGAAGGGUUUGGAAGGAGGGGGUGGGAGGAAAAUACCUUAUGCUUCAAAAGAGGGAAGUAAUUUUCUUUGCUUUGCAUAAAUGGUAGGGGAGUUUAUAGGUCUGGGCUGCAUCACUACAGCACAACUGGAGCUGGCCAUGAUGUCCAUCUUGCUGGGUGAGACCUGCCAGACCCUGCAGUUGUUGUGUAAGUAUGACUUUCACACAGCUGCUCUGCUUACAAGCCAA